AUGCAGCAUUUCCCCUUACAACACAAAAAACUGCAGCGGCUCACACUUCCGUAUGCCAAAGUUGGUAUUUGUGAGGUUAUGAAUGCCUCUUCGAGAUGUUUCAUGGAUUCCUUUAACGUUUACAACACAAAAAAUAGGAAGGCCUACACCCUUGAUAAUUCAACGUAUCGCGGCGAUGGAAAUCUCGCAGAGCGGACCGCCUCCAUGAUGGGAGAAAUGAUAGGUGGUGGUUUGAUGGAUAGCUACACCGGGGCAACCGUAUCUCGUUUUAUGGCGCAUUACAUCGCCAAGGUGCUGAGCAUGCACACGAUAGUUCCAUCCGAACUGGCGGAGCUUCGUAAAAUGCGUCCAGACGAUCCUUUCGUUGAGCUGAUGCUAACCUCAAUGCAUAGACAUCAAUCGCUUCGAGCGAACACCAUUGCGUCGAGCUGGGAUCCUUCGCGGUCAGAUACGUCUCGGCCGGUGAAUGCACCUGCCUCUCAUGAAUUGCGAAGCGUAAUGACGGAGUGGGAUUCGCAGCAGUACGCGAUUUGUGGCGACGCAGCAUUCUUCAAGUGCUGUCAUCUUCUUAAAAGGAUUGAAUCGCUCAGAGACGAUGCCAGUGAAACGGAGCGUCUGGGCCGCACUGGAGACAACCUCAGCGAGCUUCUGAAGCGGGUAUCAGAAAGAGAAGCAGAGUUGCUGAGCUUUUUGAUGGAGAAUAUGAAGGGAUGCGAUGAUGGGAGAACGCCUAGACUAUCUGAGGUCCUCGAAAGUGGAUGCAGUGGGGUGUGGUUCACGGCGACGGUAUCGCCCUUCGAGCUGGAAGCACAGCGGGGACGAGAAAAGGCCAAAAAAUUAUGCGAAUCUCGUAUGGCGCCACCACCUCAAAAACACUUCCAGAGCAAGGAUCAUGGCUUCACAGCGCACGCAAUCGAGGAGACUGGCCUGCCCAAAAAUAUGGCGAAUCCGAGGCCGUACUGCUUGGAUCUUAUGGUGUCUAACGUGGGGAGCUCCCGAGCCUUUGGGAUCGCACGCAGUCGUCUCUCGGAAACUCCUCAAAGUUUCCUUGAUAGCUCCCGUGAGUGCAUCGUACCGCUCAGUAUGGAUCACCGGCCGCUCCAAGGCGAAGAGCGUCGUCGAAUCAUCAGUGCCGGAGGCAAGGUGUCUGCUGAGGAAGGUGGUAUUAUCGAUGGCAACCCUUUUUUUACCGUAUCGCGUAGUUUUGGGCAUUGGUCAAUGAAAAAUAACCCCAACCGUUCGCCAGUUCACCAAAAGAUUAUCCCUCUGCCGACGACCGCGACCUGGGAGAUGCUGGAAGGCGAUAUCCUGGUGUUAAGCAAUCAUGCCUUGUAUGAAACACGCCAUGAGGAGGACUCCAGCAUGGACGAGCUGGCAAAGGUGGCGGGCCGUGCUGUUGAUCGUGGCCUCCCUCCUGAAGAGGUCGCCGCGACGUUGUGCGAUUUCGCAAUACGCUUCGGAGCUGAACAUUCGUUGCAAGUAAUGGUCGUUGUUGCCACCGACCUUGCUCAAGGUCUGAGGGAGUUUGACGGGGUAUCGGGGCAUUUUUGCCCUUUGUUCAGUGAAUAUGUGCAGCCGGGGCCGUUGUACGGCGAGGCCUGUCGCCGGAUUCCUGAGUAUCGCAAGGCCCUUCAACGUGACUGUAAGCGCUGUGGAAUCAAGCUAUCAGAGCUGCUUAAGUUACGGUGGGAGCGUGUUAAGGGCAUCCUGGAUCAACGGCACGCGCUUCCUCUCCACGCUUAUUAUGGGAAAGAAUGUGGAGCUUUACAACAGAUCAUGGACGAGGAGGCAGAUUUGUUUGCUGAUUUGAUUGAAAAUAAAGCAUCCCUUUCCGAGGAUGAUAUUUUCUUAAGGCUAGGGAGGGAUUUGAUGGACGAAGAUAAAAUGGCGGCAGCGAAGAAGUCGAUUAACACAUAA